GUCCCCCUCCCUGGCAAGGCCAGCCUGGACUACUACAGGAACGCCAGCGUGGUGCCACCCCUGGAGGGCAGCCCGGGGAACGGCACCGAGCCCCUGUGCGACAGGAGGCAGGUCAGGCAGUUCGCUCGAGCCUUCCUCCCACUGCUUUUCUGGCUCAUCUUCUGCGUGGGCACGGUGGGGAACACCUUGGUGGUGCUCGUCUGCUGCAAAUACCGCCUCAGGAGGAGCACGACGGACAGGUACCUGCUGCACCUGGCCGUGGCAGACCUGCUCCUGCUCCUCAGCCUGCCCUUCUGGGCCAAGGCUGCCGCCGACGGCUGGGUCUUCAGGAGCCUCAUGUGCAAAGUCGUCAACAGCAUGUAUAAGAUCAACUUCUACGGCUGCAGCUUGUUUCUAACCUGCAUCAGCUUCGACAGGUACAUCACUAUCGUCCAGGCAGUGAAGGUCAGAACCUCCCAGCGGCGGCGGCUCCUGCACAGCAGACUCGUGUGCUUGGCUGUCUGGCUGACAUCCGUGAGCCUGUGCAUCCCAGAAAUCAUGUACAGCCGGAGCGUGCGGGUGGGCGACACCACGGUCUGCAAAAUUAUGUACCCCACAAACGUCAGCAUGACCUCCAGAGUCACCGUCCUGGCCUUGAGAGUCACUGUCGGGUUCUUCCUCGCGCUCCUCGUCAUGGUCAUCUGUUACGCCCUUAUCAUCAAGACCCUCCUGAAGGCCAAGAGAUCCCAAAAGCAGAAGUCACUGAAGAUCAUCACCAUGAUCAUCACGGCUUUCCUCCUCUCUCAGUUCCCCUACAACAUCGUCCUGGUGGCCAAAGCCAUCGGCACCUACGCCAGG